AUGCAGGACAAGACACCGGCGCGGAAGGGCGCAGGCGUGGCCAAUGUCGUGCGGCAGACGUGGGACCGCGCGCACUACGAGCAGCUCGCCAAGCUCCGUGCCGACGGUCAAUUGGAAAAAGAAGAGCCAAAGAAUGUGAUUACGUCCUCGAAGGAGGAGUUCCAGUCAGCAAGCGAAGGAGCUGCAGGGCCGGCAGGGUCAGCACGUGCGUUUCUAAAGGCUCGGAGUUCCAAGAUCUCGCUCGAGAAUAGUAUCGGUACCGUCAAAGUGGUCAAGUCGGACGACGUAAGCAAGAGCAGCGGCUACUACUGCGAGGUCUGUGAGUGCAGUCUCAAGGACUCGGUGGCCUACCUGGACCACAUCAAUGGCAAAAAACAUUUGCGCAAGCUCGGGUACAGCAUGCGCGUGGAGCGGUCGACGGUAGACCAAGUGAAAAAUCGACUACAGAGCGCGUCGAAACGCAAGUGGGACCCUGUGAUGACCAAGAAGUUGGAUGCUAUGGAAGAUUACGAGAAGCGAUUGAAGGCAGUAGAGGAAGAAGAAGCUCGAGUCAAGCGACGGAAGAGCGAGCAGAAGAAGGCAAAGAAGCUGGGGAAACUGGUACCUCACUCUAGCCAGGAAGGCACUGAUGCUGCAGGUAAGAAGGAAGUUGCGGACGAAGGUCCUGACGCUGAAGUGAUGGCAAUGAUGGGCUUUGGCGGGUUCGGCGGCUCGAGCAAAUCGUGA